GGUUGCUCCAUGUCCUUCUUGAUAUAUGGACCCACAAGACAUCGCCUUUUAGUUCGGCGGCGUUGGCUGACGCUUCCCCGCUGACAGCCAGUUACAAACACCAGGCUAUGUUAGGCGCUCCUUAACUUGGAUUUGGUAUAAGUAGCCCACUCAGAAUGCGGUCAUCAGCUGAACCUGUCACCUCCGAUAUAAGCUUCACCAUAUUAUCAGUUACUUCAGUACGAUCUCAUGCUUCAACUUCACAACACAGUCAACUUGGGUGGGACCGCCUCGAACAUCGCUGUGGCGAGGAUAGGGCAUGGGCUCAUGCGAAUGACAUGGAGACCUGACCCAGUCUCUGACGAAGUCGCUUUCGAGGCCAUCAAAACGGGCUUGGACAGUUUGCCUGCGGGUGCUAAGAUGUUGCUCAACAGCAGCGAGUUCUAUGGCAUCAACCCUCGCACGGCCAAUGUAGAGCUCGUCGCGAGAUUCUUUGAAAAAUAUCCGUCGUAUGUGGAUAAGGCGUUCUUGUCCGUCAAGGGAGGCUCCAAGCCAGAUAGGCUCGAGCGCGAUGCAUCCCCAGAGAAUCUUAGACAAAGCGUCGACGGUAUUAACUCCAAACUCCGCGGCACGAAAAGGCUGGACCACUUUGAAUGUGCCCGUGUGGACGAGAAGUACGAGAUCGAGGACCAGAUGCGUACACUCGCAGGUUUCGUCGCAGAGGGUAAGUUCGACCAUGUCGGAUUAUCGGAGGUCACUGCGGAACAGAUCAAGCGCGCGAACAAGAUCGUCGCGGUCUCCUUUGUGGAAGUCGAAAUCAGCCCGUGGGUUUACCCACCGAAGAUCAAGGACGUUAUUGAGACUUGCCGUGAGCUCAAGAUCGCGGUCGUAGCCUACUCACCCGUCGGAGGCGGUGCGCUACUGAACAAAGAGCGCAACCCAGGCUUGGUGAAGGUCUUGGACGAAAUUGCAUCGAAGCUUCAGGUCACUCUUGGUCAAGUCUGCCUCGCCUGGGUUGCUUCACGAGGACCGCACGUCAUUCCGCUCCCUGGAUCUUCGAAUAAGGCGCGUUUAGUCGAGAAUCUCGCAGCUGGUGACUUGAUCCUUUCGCCGGAAGAUGCGACGAAGAUUGAUGCUGUUGUGUAAAUGGGGCCGUCUGAGUCCGUUAAGCUCAAACAUCGUAGAUAAUGUACGGACAGUAGGGCAUAUAUGUAGUGGUUCACAUCAGUUUCGUU